UGUAAACGCCUGUACAGCUUUGCAGAACCUCCUGUUUGCUACCUAAGAAGGGUAGGCCAGCAAUCACAAACCAGAACACUAGAAAAAAGAGUGCUAUUUCAACAGUAAUUGACAAAGAGACAGUCUGACUGUUAGAAAAUUCCAGUUGUAGCUAUUUACAGGCUGCCAGGCCAGAAACUCUACUUGUUUGGAUUUUGUACUACGUUUAUCCUCUUUUAUCAAAGCUCAAACUGGGACUGAAUCAGUCACAAAGGAUUUAAUGUCAAUGCAGAUGCUGAAGGCUUUCUCUCCACCUGUAAGAUGCUGAAGUUAGUUGUACUAGCAACAAGGCAUGGAAGGCUUUUGGUCCUGUCUGGCACAAUAUCACAGUCCACAGAACGCAUUCUGCAGAAAUAAGAGGAAAUAACUGAUUAAGGGAAAUAAGCAGCACUGCAGACAGUCAGGAUGAUAAUUCACAUUUCUCUCCUUCUAGUAUGACUUUCAGAAGCAAGUGGAUGCAAAGCUUGAAGAUCAGUCAGAAAAAGAAAUUCUGCCCUACCUGUGACAGACAGUGGAACAAAAAAUGCCAGUGAAGUCAGACACUGGAGAAACGAUGGCCUGGUCUGAGUCCAUGGAUACACUACUAGCUAAUAAAGGUGGCUUGGAGGCUUUUAGGACAUUUUUGAAGUCAGAGUUCAGUGAGGAGAACGUGGAGUUCUGGCUGGCCUGUGAGGACUUCAAGAAAACCAAGUCCUCCACUAAGAUCGCCUCAAAAGCCCAAAAGAUUUAUUCUGACUUUAUACAAGCUGAUGCCCCAAAGGAGAUUAAUAUUGACUUCCACACCAAAACCCACAUCUCUCAGAAUCUCUCUGAGCCCACCCUCAGCUGCUUUGAUGAUGCUCAGAGGUUAAUCUACAGUCUCAUGGCAAAGGACUCUUUUCCCAGGUUUUUAAGGUCAGAAGAGUACAAGGAGCUAGUAAAGAAGCAGCAGAACGGAAAUCAGAAGAGAUGGCUCCCAUUUUUGUAAGAAAAUAAAUGCCAAAGACCUGAGGGAUUAUGGAUUUGUAAAUGCCUCCUAUUGCAACUCAGAACAGAUAUUUUAUUAAAGUGACCUAAGAAUUACUUUGCCAGCUUGUUUUUAAGUAUGAUACACACAUGAUACUUUCUAAUAAAGUUGGUGGAGAAAUAUUCAAGAAACAGGAUGGGAUAUGCUAAGACAUUUGAGCUAUCUUUUAAGAAAAGAAGUUUGGCAUUGGUAAGUUUUCUAGUGCUUGUUUUAUUUCUCAAACUGUUUUCACAUUUUUAAGUAGAAUGGUUUGGUUUUCUGGUUUGCCGUUGAUUUUUCUUUAGAAGUACGGCCUCAAAAAAUCAAUUCCUUUCAGGGGACUUGAAAACAUUUACUCAUCCAUUCAUCAUCUUAUGUGUAAUUUGUAAAAAAAAAAAUUAAAAUCAUCUUUUAAACAUGUUUUAUACAAUUUGGAAACAGGAAAAGU